CUUGGUUUUGCCUCGACGACGGCAUGGGUCGGCCGAUGAAGGAGGUGGUGCGGCGCAGCUGCUUGCAGUCGCAGCGCUACGCGGCCAAGCAGCUCCGCAAGCUCGUCAAGACGCGCAUGCGGGGUGAGACCUUCCGCAAGUGGGUCGGGCGCAACAUUGACAAUUCGCUUCUGGCGUCGUUCAUUGACGUCGUUCAAGUGAUUCUCGGUCUUGUCGUCACGAUCAUUUACUUUAACGAAAACUGGCUCGUCCUCAACACGUCGACAACGACUGACGCGAGCAUCGACACGCUGCAGCUCACGAUCAGUGUCUUCUUCACCUUCGACUAUUGUCUCCGGCUCUACGCGUCCGACAACCGCCGGUCGUUCUUUCUCAGUCCCAUGUCCAUGGUCGACCUGGUCACGAUCUUGCCCCAGUGGAUCGAGGUCAUCUUUGACAAGCUCAACAUCAAGACCGUCAAGAGCAUGUCGAGUGCGCUCAAGACGCUUCGGUCGCUUCGAUUUCUGCGCGCGUUUCGGCUGCUCGCGUUCGCCAAGACAGCCAAGAAGCGUCAAACCGGCGUCCUUGUCUUGACCGUCAUGGGCAUCAUUAUUUGCAGCGCUGGCAUCAUCCAGGCGAUCGAGGCGUGCCCGGACACGAUUCUCGUUCAUUUGAAUGGCUCGACCGCGUUCACGUCCAACGGCACCAACUGCCAGGACAUGGAGAUCUAUAAUGCGUGCUAUUUUGUCGUCAUCACAAUCGCAACACUGGGGUAUGGCGACAUUGCCCCAAAGUCGCAGAACGGCAAAGUGGCCGUGAUUGGGCUCAUCAUCUGGACGGGUAUUUUGCUGCCGCUACAGAUUAGCAAGCUCAGCGACGUCUUGAGCCGCGAGACCGAGUACGACAAGGCAUUCAAGGAGCGGAAGGAGCAGAGCCCGCACAUUUUGAUUUGCGGCGAAGUCAACUCGGGCGCGUUGGAUUUCUUUCUGCGGCAGUUUCUGCACCCCAACAAUAUGAACUGGAAGGACAAGGUGGUCAUCUUAUGCCCGUCAUUGCCGUCCCACAACCUCAAACGCAUUCUAUUGAACGGUGCGUACGAGCAGCGCGUCAUAUACCUGCAAGGCUCGGCGAUGCUCGACUCGGACCUCAAGCGUGCAAGUGCGUCGACUGCCCGGCUCUGUUUUGUCAUGAUCAACAAGCUCUCGAAUGACGGCGACCAAAGCGACACGGCGUCGAAUCUCCUCACGAUUUCGCUGCGCCACUACACUCGGCGAGUGCCGCUCUUUGUGCAAGUGCUCAAGACGGACAACAUUCGCCACGUCCACCUCUCGGGGGCCAACAACAUUGUGUGCGUGGACCAGCUCAAGCUCGGGAUUCUCGCGAAAUCGUGCUUGAUUCCCGGUCUCUGUGCCUUUCUGUGCAACAUUCUCUUUACGUUUCGACCGUUUUACACCCAGAGUUCGCUCUGGGCCGCGGAAUUCCUCGAGGGAUGCGGCAACGACGUGUACGAGGCGCGUCCGCCAACGUUUCUUCACGGCGCGAUUUCGUAUCGGGUGUUUGCGUACAUUUUGUUUCAAGAGCUCCAGGCCGUGCCGCUCGCGGUGUGUGACAAUGCGUAUUUUGAGCUCUCGCUCUUUCCUGCGCGUAUGCUCGUGGGCAAAACGCACACCAUGUUUGUGCUCUCAAAACACUCGGACUGCGUUCGCCGCAUCGAAUCCCUCUCGUACUCGUCGCUUCAAAAGUACCACACGAUCAUUCCCAACUUUGACUCGAUCACGAAUGCGUGGAAUGCGGGCGCUGGCAGCAUCAAGACGCGCCUUCGCUCGAUGGCGCAGCGGGCGUCGGUCUCACGCACCGCGUCGCUCAUCUUGUCGCAGCUGUCGGUCAAACCGUCGCAGCUCUCGCUCAAGCGGUCGCGCUCCGACAGUGUCCACAUACCGAAUGAAACACGCGUGCUGCCGUGCGGACCGGAGGCGCACGAGCCAAAGCCAUCCUCGAUAGACGACGACUCGGACGACGAGCUAGCGACCAGUGUGCCGGUGCCAGACACCCGGCCGUCGGCGAAGGCAGCCAGCACGCCGCGUGCGGUGGCGGACGCAACACCGUGCGCCGCUGCAGUCGUGCAUCCGCUGCAAGUGCCGCAGCACGCGCCCGAGCACGUUGUCGCGUUGCCACCGAUCAAGGCGCACCAUGAGAGCAGCAUCAACGCCGACGAUCCGCUUUUGAAAGUAUCGGCGUCGGGGCACGAGUUGCCCAAACCGUCCGAGUCUUCCGCCCCAGACCAGCCUCAAGACGUCGAGAAAGCGAUGCCGGUGACGCUGGAUCGACUCGUGCAGACGGAAACACCGGCGUCUGCACCUCGCCCAUCGAUGUUCAAGGCAAAGGACGGGCCACGGCAGAGCCUCGUGCGCAGCUACGAGAUGUUUUUGAUGACGCGCAUUCCACACGAUGUCAAGAGUCAUAUCGUGCUCUGCGGGAUGCCCAACAUGCUCGACGACUUUGUUGGGCCGCUGCGGACGCUCAAGAUGCAGCACACUGCGUCCAAUGCGAUUCCGAUUGUCAUAAUUUCGCCGCUGCCGAUUUCGGAAAAACAGUAUGCGAGCAUUGCGCCGUACGAGUUUGUCUACUACCUCCAAGCGUCGCCACUGCAUGAAAUCACGCUCCGCGAAGCCCAAGUGUACGCGGCGGCAACGAUCGUCAUCUUGGGCUCCUGCACGCGCAACGCCAACGACGACGACCAAGAGCAGGCGAUGGACUUUAUCGAUCAAAACAUGAUCGACACGGACGCGAUCACACUUCAUCGGUUCAUCACGGAAGCGUGCGAGAACAACUGUGCGCCGAACGCCCCGAUGCCCAAAAUCACGAUUGAGUUGAGCCGCCCGAGCAGCCUUCGUUUUCUCAAGGACGAGCAUACCAAGCUCGAUACGGACGACGACGCACGCGCCAUCAAGCAAAUGACGCGCCAAGUCAUCUCCCGCGCCGACGACCCGCUGGACAAUCUUUGCAGCCCGCUCUACGCUGCGGGAAAAGUCUUCAUCUCCAACUCGCUCGAUGCGCUCCUUGGGAGCUGCAACACGUACGGCAGCAUCAUUGACCUCUUUCACUUGCUCGUGCUCGGGGAGCCGCCGGGUCCGGACGGCAGCACGCGCCGCUUGCGCUGCUUGGAUCAAAUUGCGGUCCCGUCGCAGUAUUGGAGCAAGCCCUACGGGCUUUGCUACCAAGACUUGCUGCUCAAGCACGAGGUUUUGUGUGUCGGCGUCUACCGUGCGCGCAGCACCAACACGAGCUUCGUGUCGAUGAACCCGGCGGAAGAGAUUCUGCUCAGUCCGCAAGACAAGUUGUUUGUUAUACAUUAG